GUGCACUAGGGCGCCAUUUGAGACGCAGCCUUUGUGGUUCUACCGGGGAACAAGUUUAUGAAGCUAGUUGGGGAAAUACCGUUACGGAUUAGUUAUGUACCUAAUUCUAGGCAAUUAACUAAUAUAAUACCAUCUAAAAAUGUGCAUUUUACGCGUUUUGAGUGUUUUACGCCUGUUUAUGUGUACGCUAAAUGAUCUGUUUUAGUAGGUUACCGGUUAAAGUCCGGUGGUCGUAGCUGUUAGCUUAAGUUAACUUUAAAAAUGUGGCGGGGUCUGUAGUUAGUUAGUUAGGGAUGAAGUGUCCGUGUUUCCCCAGAUAUUCCUGGCUGGAUUUUCUCUUCGCUGUUGUGGGAGUUUGUACGUUUUUGUUCGAUGUUGGCUCGGACGUGUGGCUGGCCCGGGAGUUUUACCAGCGCGGAGAACUGUUCUGGUUCUCGGCGCUGCUCGGCUUCAUGCUGGUCUCCUCCGUUACAGUUCAGAUGUUCAGCUGGUUCUGGAUCCAGUACGACAGCCAGCUGGAAAACUACGACCUGGAGACAUCAAGCAGGAGGGUGUUUCUGUUUGGCGGCCCAAAACGGGUCAAACUCACCUGCUUCCUUCAUAUAUGUCAACUUGGCUUCCUCCUCAGGCACAUUUCAGCCAUCUGGCUGGGAUUCUGUGUGUGGUGGCGGCGAGAGAAAGGGUCUGAGUACGCAGUAUAUCUAACCCAUGACCUCAGCAUGCUCCGGCUUAUAGAAACGUUCUGUGAGAGCGCUCCUCAGCUAUCCCUUAUGAUUUACAUCAUGCUGCACACCAACCACGCCAGGACUAUCCAAUGUGUGAGUGCGAUCGCUUCCACAACAUCAAUAGCUUGGAUGGUGGUGGACUAUCAUCGCUCACUGCGCUCCUUCCUGCCUGACAAGAGCAAACAGGGAUGGCUCUCUUCUGCAGUUUACUUCCUGUGGAACCUGCUGCUCAUUGCCUCGAGAGUGGUCACUGUGGCCCUUUUCGCCUCCGUCCUCCCUUACUACGUCGCUGUUCACUUCUUCUGUAUUUGGCCUGUGUUUGUCCUCUGGGCUUGUCUGCAGGGGACCAACUUUAUGGACAGUCGCACUGGGGAAUGGCUGUACAGGGCCACUGUAGGGCUUAUAUGGUACUUCAGCUGGUUUAACGUAGCAGAAGGUAAGACCAAAGGGAGGAGUAUAAUUUAUCACUUGUUUAUAAUUACAGACAGUGGAAUUUUGCUCUUCACAUGGUGGUGGCUCAGGGAUCUGGAGAAAACGCAAUCAUACACCUUCUAUCUGCUCAUCUUCAUCCCCCUUUCAUAUAUCAUGGGUCUCCUGAUCAAAGCGCUAUAUUAUUGCUGCUUCCACCCAAAGCUGUGGCAGCCAGUGGACACAGGAAAAGUUCCAGAUGAUGCACCGGACACUAUAGUGGCUCUGAAUGUUUCUGUUGAAGCAGACACUUCCGACCAAGAGUUUGUAAACAGGAGAAUGGCCAAACAUGUCAAUAACUUUUACAGCAUGACGACGCAUGGCUAAGACAAAUGGCUGAGGAGAGAUGAGCAAAGUGAAGCAUGUACAUAGUGUCUGUUAUGAUUGAGUUAUUUGUAGUGUGCUGGAGUUUUUAUACUGUUACAAAUGUAGGUAAAAAGGGAAGUAUUUUAUGAGCAGGCAAGAUAAAAUUAACCUAGAUUAAGACUUAGACUAAAACAGAUUUCAAUUGCACCAUUCAUGCCAUUUUUUUUUAGAAACUGCUGCUAAACUGGAAAAAUGUUACAGAACACAUGCAAAAUAUCAUUUUAACAUAAUUUGUAAAAAUGCCUAGAUUUAAGAGUGAUAAUAAUUUAAUAUGACAUUUAAUAUGUAGUCUUUUCUGAUACAGUCCUCGCUCUGAUCACCAAUACAAACUGAGAUUUUUAAAACCAAAAAUAAUAUACUAUAUUAUUUUGGAGUCAGAGCCAUCUCAUGUCAGUAUUUGGCAUUCUUAGCAUAAUUUAGAUUUUCAGUGGCAGAAAUGAAUGCUGUUAAAAAAAAAAUAGUCACUUCAUCACAUUCUGUGGUAAAUGAAUAUGUUCAGAAACCUGUGGGUCAGUUUCUAGAACAGGGAUUAAGUCCAGGCAUAAGCUGUGUAGCUCAAUAAUUACUUAGGUUAAUCCUUGUCUGGAAAAAUGUCCUUCAGUGGUACAUGCUAAAAACAAACAAAUAGUAUAUAUUUGAGUUUAGUUACUAAAUUGUUUAUUUACUAAAAUUCUUAAAAAUAGAAGUAAAAUAGUAUAAAAUGUGCUUGUUUUAGUGCGGUGGACCGAUUCAAGCAAUCAAACAGUCUUGCUCCAUGGCAAAUAUUAUAGUAACUUCUGUAGAGAAGUUUAGAGAGGUUGUUAAUUGUAUGUCACCUUGAAUAAUCCCUGAAUCACUGGGGUCAGCACCCAGCCUAAUGUAGAGAUAGCAGUUUAGUCAGAUCAAAGCAUUAAUCAUGAGCUAAUAAUAAGUAUGAAUGUGUUGAAGAAAGGAUAAACACUAAGCAUUUUUCAACAUGAUCUCAGUAUCUGUAGUCAACUGUUGAUCCUCACAAACAACAGUGUUACAAAUAAAGAUGCACUGAAAUAAACAUUUAUGGCUGAAAUAAAACACAAGGAAAUAGUUGCACAAUGAAAACUAAGCCUUUUAUUAUUAUUAUUUGUUUUCCACAACUAAAUAAAUGUAAUAGCCUACAUCUAUUUGUCUUGCAUCUCACAGAAAAUGAAACUAAAUGAAAAAUAUUUAUUAAACAUUUAAUUUUUUAAUAUCUCUGCCGACAAACCAACACAACACAAUAUAAUGCAAUCAUACAUUUCUCAGCACUGCUGCUCUACUCAUAAUAUACUUUAGCUUUGCUACUCAAGAGAGACAUCCAGUUACGUGCCAUCUAUUCAUAAAUGUACUUUAUGAAAACAGUUACAGGUUGAUCAUACAUGUCCCUCAGUAGUGCCAUUCUUAUAAUAUAUUUACCUCAGCAGUGCUAAUCUAGUUAUGUCAUUUGAAAUUUACACAGAGAAAAGCAACCAGACUUUAGGCAAACAAACACAUGCUAGCUAGCUAACGUUACUAUUCUACAAUCUUAGAUAUUUACAGUUUGUACCUUUAAGCUGGAAAACAGACUGUUUGUGUAGAGGUGUUAAACUAAAUAGAGUGAUGCCAAGCGCAUAAAUGACACUGAACUAGAUUUAAUUUAAUUUUUGCAAGUACACUGCAAUAUGACUUAAAAUAAGUUAUUGUUCACUAUUAGUGUUUUCACCUAUUCAGCUGAACAGCGAAAGUACAUUUGCCGAUAAUAAUUUUUUGGUUGCCAAAUAUCUAUAAAGUGUAUUUUGUCUGGCACCUAAUUUUUUGUACUGUAACUAAACACCGAGAGUUUAAUGUGUGUGGUAAUGACUGUGUGCUACAGUUGUGGCUGAUAAAGCAAUUAAAUCUGAAUGCUGGAGUAACUUUCUAUAAAUAAAUAAUAACCUCAACGCACUUAGUAGGGUUAAGAACACAUUUCAGGUUUGAGCACAUCUGUGGUAUUCUGUAAAAAGUUUACAGUUUGUUUACAUUUUUAAUGUUACAUGUUGCUAUUUUUGUAUAUUUGAUCCUUAUUGCUGUAUCCUUAUAUUAACUCUUAGUGAGUUAAUAUAAAAAUGUCUCAGAAUUGCUAGGUUUACAGGUUAAGGACACAUUGGCCCAAGCAUGAUAUACUUUUAUGUCAAAAAGAAAAAAAUAAAUGUUUUUUAUGAUGAGCAAAUACCUGCUUAUUUAUCCACCCAUGAUGAUGUAUUGUUAGUUUGUAAAUACCAACACUUAGGCCUUUCACGAUAAUUAUAUUAUCCACUUAUUGUACAAUGGACCUCUAAGAAUAAGCAGUGGUUCCUGGCAGGGUGUGGCUAAAGUGCAUUAGUUCAUUAAACCAGUGAUGGAUAUCAGGACAUUAUAGGUUGAAUUAAAUUUUUUAUAUUUUGCUGUACGAUUUCUGUUUGUCCGAGAUCAAACCUGUUUCACUUUUAAGCUAAGUGUUGAAGCAUCAAGCGCUGAUGGAGGCACUACAUCAGACUGUUGAAUAUUUCAUGGCAUGCUAUUGUUUUUAAUGUGGGUUCCUGCCUCUUUAUUUUUUGUAUAUCUUUAUCCUAUCUGCAGCAGGACAGAAAGCCAGAUCUUUUUCCAUGUGGAAAGUUGUGCUGCCUUUUAUAUAUGGGUUGUUUGACCUGAAUGUUAUUAAUGGUUAUUUAAAUUUAUACUGCUACAUUUGAAUGUAAAUUAUUUGUUGGAAAGUUUGUUACACAUCAAAGAUGUUACAAUGUAUUCUUGAUUUUGUCACAGUACACAGCACUACAUUAAGCCUAGAAUAAGAUGACCUAUACAGGUCAGUUGCUGUCACACAAAAAUAUUGUAUUUUAUGUUCUUUAAAUUGUAUCACAAUUGCAUGAUAAAUGAUAGAAAAUAGAAAAUAUCAAAUAAGAAUUUCUAAAUAAAAUCUUGUAUACUG